CGCUGUUUCCUGUUGCUCUUCACCAUGGAUUAGCGUCGCCACAUCUCACACAAUCUGGCUGUGUGGAUGGGUUUUUUUCAGCAUUGGACCAUUGACACAAAUGAGGUCAUAUUCUUUUGUGAAAAGUAAUGACAACUUGAACCAAAGCGCCGGAUCACUUGUUAAGAAUGGAGAUCUCCUUUUCUUCUCUUUUCUUUUCUUUCUCACGCUCUUUUAUCCUUUCCAUCAUAUAUCAUCAUCCAUCACUCGGAUUCGCCUAUUCAUUCACUACUGCUCCACUCUCUUUCCCUCCAUCUCUCUUUCUCACUCUUACUCUCGUAAAAAACAGAAAUCAACUGGAAACAUCAAUCAAUACCAAACUCAUUAUCUUGACUUCACUUCACCAUGUCCUUCCGUCUGCCAAGAUUUGCAAUGCUGACACUCUUUCAUAACCCAGCCAGCGAUGUUAGUGUCCAAGCAUUGAAGCUAUUACGCCAAGCAUCGGUCAACAACGAUUUUACUAUUGAUGUCGUCGAUUCAAAAGCUACUCCGCCCACACACCAACAAGUUACCAACAUCGUUGAAUACCUCGGCAAUGGCUCAAUCCCCAAAGGCUGCAAGGACAUCCUCACUCCUGAGGCUCCCAAAGCCUCUACAGUGGCCGAGGUUCAACAAAUCCUGGAUGCAAACCCAGGAUAUAUGAUGAGACCCUUAGUCGUUGAUUGGAAUAAAGGCAAAGCCAUCGUUGCUGUGCCUCCUUCCAGAGUCAAAGAAAUGGUCAAGGACGUUGGUGAAUCCAAGUAAGGUCAUCUUUUUUUUUAUCCUCGAGAAAUACAACAAGGCUUCUUUUUUUUUUUGUAUGAUAAUGAAUAAAAACAGC